CUUUAAACAGAAUAUCAGCAUCUUGAUUUCUGAAACUCAUAAGACAGCAACUAGAAGUCCAGAUAAUCCUACUAAAAAGCCAGAAGUUAGAACUGGUAAAAGUUCACUUAAAAAUAAUAAAGGAGUCAUAGUGUCUACAAUAAAUUUUAGCGCCAAUAUGACAGCUGCCAAAACUAAGGAGAUGAUUCUUAAGAAGUUAAUAAGAAGAACUAAAGAUACUCUUGGAGCACCAAAAAACAACAGGAUUAUAAUAUUUAUUGAUGAUAUGAAUAUGCCAGUACCAGAUAUGUAUGGAGCACAGCCACCUCUGGAAUUGAUAAGACAAUUGUUAGAUUUGGGAGGGAUUUAUGAUACGGAAAAAAAGGCAUGGAAGAAUAUUGAAGAUCUCGCUAUACUUACAGCUUGUGUUCCAGUUGGUGGGAAUGAUAUUAGCCCACGUCUUCUCAAACAUUUUUCUAUGCUGGUCUUGCCUCAUCCUUCACAAAGUGCCUUACGUACUAUUUUUCGGGUUCAUUUGGGAAUGUAUUUCUCCAUCAAUAACUUCACAGCUGAUGUUCAGAAAAGUAAAGAUCAGAUAAUAUCUUGCUCUCUAGCUAUAUACCAUCAAGUACGUCAGAGUAUGUUACCAACUCCAACAAAAUGUCACUACAUGUUUAAUCUUCGAGAUAUGUUUAAGCUUCUGCUAGGAUUGUUGCAAGCUGACAAGAACGUUAUUUACUCCAAAGAGAUGACUGCUUUGCUCUUUGUUCAUGAAGCUACCCGAGUGUUUCACGAUCGCUUAACUGAUCCCACUGAAAAAAGCUUUUUCUAUCAGUUGCUUUCAAAGGAACUUCAGAACUAUUUUCAGAUUGGAAUAGAUGGAUGUGGAAAAAAGCCUUGUGCAACCUUGGCCUGUUAUUUGACGGAUAACAAAUUAUACCGGGUGUCUUUAUCUCACAAUUAUGCCUAUAUAGAAUUCAAAGAAGUGCUUAAAAAGGUGUUUAUUCAAGCAGGAUUAGAAGGAAACCCCACUGUUCUGAUGGUUCUUAAUUUAAACCUAGAAAAUGACUUAUUUUUGGAAGACUUGAACUUCAUUGUCAAUUCAAGAAGAAUACGUGACUUGUUUGAAAAUGAGGAGCUGGACUCUAUUGCAAUAAAGAUCAGGUCUCAUGCUGAACCGUCUGGUAAUAUGGAUGAUAGACAAUCUUUGCUUUCAUUCUUUCAAAAGAGAAUAUACAAAAAUCUUCAUAUUUUUAUGAUUAUGAGUCCUGAAGGACCUAACUUCCGCCAAACUUGUAGAGCAUAUCCUUCUAUGAUUAGCUCUUGCACAAUCGACUGGUACGAGAGGUGGCCAGAAGAAGCUCUCCUUAUUGUAGCCAACUCAUUCUUAAGAGAAAAAAUGAAUAUUGAGAACAGAGAGAGCUUAGAAGAAAAACUUGCCCCAACAUGUGUCCAAAUUUACAAAAGUAUAAAAGACUUGAGCACAGAAUACUUUCAAGAAACUGGAAGGCAUUAUUAUAUCACUCCCGGUAGCUACUUGCUAUUCAUGGAAACAUUUGCUCACGUUUUGAAGUCUCAAGAGAAGAAGAUGCAAAUGAAAAGGGAAGGUUUCUAUAUUGGUCUAUCCAAAAUCCUGGAAGCAACCACACUAGUUACAGAUAUGCAGGAGGAGCUCUUGGUUCUUGGCCCUCAAAUAGAACAAAAAACAAAGGAAACAGAAACCCUAAUAGAAAAACUACAGAAAGAUUCACAAGUAGUUGAGAAAGUUCAGAUGCUUGUUAAACAGGAUGAAAAAAUUGUGGCCGAAGAUAUAAGAAUUGUGGAAGAUUAUGCUCAGAAAACUGCCAAUGAACUAAAUUGUGUGCUGCCAGCCUUAGACAAGGCAAUUGUGGCUCUAAAUUCCCUGGAUAAAGCUGAUGUCUCCGAAUUAAAAGUAUACACACGGCCUCCCUUCCUUGUACUGACUGUCAUGAAUGCAGUAUGUAUUCUUCUGCAAAAGAAACCUAACUGGACAACAGCAAAGUUACUUCUUUCAGAAACUGGUUUCCUAAAAAAAUUGAUUAACCUUGACAAGGACAGUAUACCUGAUAAGGUUUUCAUGAAGUUGAAAAAAAUUUUAAUGUUACCUGAUUUCCACCCAAACAAAAUUGCUCUGGUUUCUGUUGCUUGUUGCUCUAUGUGCCAAUGGGUUAUAGCUUUGAAUAAUUACCAUGAAGUACAGAAGGUGGUGGGCCCUAAGCAAAUCCAAGUAGCAGAAGCUCAGAAUGUCCUUAAAAUUGCUCGAAAAAGAUUGGCUGAAAAGCAAAGAGGUUUACACCUGGUUGAAGAACAUAUGCUGUUUUUGCAGGCAAACUACAAAGACAUCGUUGCUGAAAAACAACAAUUGGCAAAUCGGAGAAGACUGGCAAGCAGACGCUUACAGUGUGCAUCAAUCUUACUUACUGUCCUGGAAGAUGAGAAGACUAAAUGGCAAGAAACAAUCAGUCAAAUAGACAACAAGUUGAAAGGAAUUUUGGGUGACAUACUUCUUUCAGCAGCAUGCAUUGUCUACAGUGGAGUUUUAACAUCAGAAUUUCGCCAAUUGAUUGUGAAUAAAUGGGAGAAUUUUUGCAUUGAAAAUGGAAUUCCUUUGUCUUCCAAGUUUUCUUUAACUGAAGUCAUGGCACAAAAAUAUGAGAUCAGUCGAUGGCAUAAUCAAGGGCUACCUCUUGGUCAGUAUUCAACAGAAAACGCCAUCUUAAUGGAGAAUUGCCAGCAGUGGCCACUGUUGAUUGACCCACAUAAGCAAGCACACAACUGGAUCCGUCAGAUGGAAGGAUCCAGGCUGCAGGAGCUCUCCAUUGAGGAUAGCAACUACAUCAAAAAAAUUGAAAAUGCUAUGAAAAUAGGAGGGAGUGUCCUCUUGCAGAAUCUCCUUGAAACAUUAGCUCCAGGUUUAAAGGCAAUUUUGAAGAAGGAUAUCUAUCAGAAAAGAGGGCAAUAUUUCAUAAGGGUUGAUGAUGCUGAGAUCGAAUACAAUUCUGAAUUUAGGUUAUACUUAUCUACAGAAAUAGACAACCCCCAUUUUCUUCCAUCAGUUUAUAACUUUGUUACUAUGAUCAACUUCACGGUCACAUUCCAAGGUUUGCAAGAUCAACUCUUAUCUACUGUGAUAACUCAUGAAGUUCCGCAGCUGGAAGAUCAACGUUCCCAGUUAUUGGAGAGUAUUUUCCUUGAUGCUAUAACUCUUGAAAAACUAGAGGAAAAAACAUUAAAUUUACUGCAGAAAACACAAGGAUGCGUAUUAGAUGAUGAGGAAAUUGUUGAUACCUUAAGAAAAUCUAAAAUGAUAUCAAAUGAAAUUUUAAAGCGCAUCGAAGCAACAACAAAAUCUGAAAGUGAAAACCAAGCAAAACGUGAAAACUAUCUCCCAAUUGCUACCAGAGGCACCCUGCUUUACUUUCUUGUGGCUGAUCUUACACAAAUCAACUACAUGUACCAGUUCUCCCUAGACUGGUUUCGUCAGGUUUUUGUUUCAUCAGUAAUUUCCAAAAGCAAAGAACAAGAACAUAGUUUGAAAAGGGAGAAAACAUCUUUUAAAAAAGUUCGUAAGAGUAAAAAUAUCUCAAAGGAAAGUGAGAAAAAUUCCUCAGACAGGCAUGUAAAAAAUGUAAUAGAUGUAUUGACAAGAAAUAUUUUUAAGGUGGUUUCUUCAGCUCUAUUUAAUCAAGAUAAACUUUGCUUCUCUUUUCGGCUUUGCACUGCAAUCAUGCAAAAUAAUACUAGUGGAAAUCUAAUACAGGAUGACAUUGGAUCCUUACCUGAAGAAGAAUGGAACAUCUUUUUAUAUUCUGGCAUAUUGAUAAAUAUUAAAAGUGUAUUACCCCAACCUAAACUUAAUGGCAUAUUUGAAAUACAGAAAAGUCAACAUCUUCAGUGGCUGUCAGAGUCCAGGUGGAGGCAGUGCCAGUAUGUCAGCAGUCAACUGGAACCAUUUUCACUUCUGUGUAAAUCCCUUUUAUCGAAUGUCUCACAAUGGGAUACUUUUAAGAAUAGUACGGCUGUUUAUUUUCUGACCAGCACACCUUUCUGUUCAGAAAAUGCUUCACUAGAAGAAAGUACAAAAUCACCAGAAGAAACUGUACUUUUGAAUGAAAAUGAAGAAAUAUGUAAUCCUAUAAAUUUUCCCUGGGAGAAACUCACUCCAUUUCAAAGGCUUAUUUUGAUAAAAAUUCUCAGACCAGAACAUUUAAAUAAUUCAGUAAGAAAAUUUAUAACUGAAAAAAUGGGAAAUGACUAUCUUCAAAGAAGUGGAGUUAAUUUGAAAGAAGCAUACAAAAAUUCCAGUGCCAGAACUCCACUGAUACUUAUCCAGUCUCACGAAGUGGACCUCACCAAUACGCUUCUGAGAUUUGCACAAGAGCUAAAAGGAACAUCGCAUCAUGUGACUACCAUUUCUCUGGGCCGUGGCCAGGCAGCUAAAGCUGAAGACCUCAUUGUUAAGGCACUAACCAAAACACAGCAAUGGGUCUUCCUCCAGAACUGCCACCUUGCAGCAUCGUUUAUGGCAAGACUUUGCACUAUUGUAGAAUCUUUUAACAAUCCCGAUGUGACAAUAGACCCUGAGUUUAGGUUAUGGUUAAGCUCAAAACCGUACAGUUCUUUUCCAGUUUCUAUUCUUCAAAAGAGUUUAAAGAUUGCUAUGGAAUCUCCACAAGGACUGAAAAGUAAUUUACUUCAGACAUUUGGAUAUACUGGGAGUGGAGAGGUAACAGAAGAGAUAUUCGAACAUCCUGACUGUGGACAAUGGUGGAAAAAACUUUUAUUCAGCUUAUGUUUUUUCAAUGCUGUGAUCAAUGAAAGAAAAAAUUAUGGAAUAUUGGGCUGGAAUAUUGCUUAUAAAUUUAAUUCUUCAGACUUAGAGGUUGCCAUUAAGGUGUUGGAAAAUGCCCUGAAGGGACAGUUCCAUGUUCCAUGGCCAGCACUGCGCUACUUCAUCGGAGAAGUGACUUAUGGUGGCCAGGUGACUGAUAACUGGGACAAGCGAUGCUUGAAGACCUUGCUCUACAAAUUUUGCAACCCUGAAGUAAUGAAAGAUGACUUCAGUUUCUAUGUGCCAAAAUCUGCAAGCAUAAAGGAUUACAUAUGCAUUAUCCAGUCCUUACCUGAUGAUGACCCUCCGGAGGUCUUAGGAAUACACCCAGAGGCCAUAAGGAGCUGCAGGGAGACCCAGAGCCAGAAGUUUAUUGAAAAUCUCAUUGCCAUGCAACCAAGAACCACCAAUGCCACACCCAUGAUCAGACCUGAGCAGAGCAAUGAUGAACUGGUGAUGGCAAUUUUAUCUGAUAUGCUAAGGCGGCUGCCACUGACAGUGGAGAAAGAAGAAUGUGUUGCUGGAACUCCAAGCACAUUGAAGUGUGUGAUGUCAAGCCCCAUUUGGGAGUCUCUUGCUAAAAACCGCAAAGAUCAUGAUACCUUUAUUCAUUGUGUCUUGCUAACCUUUUUGAAGCAAGAAAUUGAACGAUUUGAUAAGUUAUUAUUUGUCAUACAUAAAUCUUUAAAAGAUCUUCAACUUGCCAUAAAAGGAGAGAUCAUCCUCACCCAAGAAUUGGAGGAAAUAUUUAACUGUUUUCUUAAUAUGAGAGUACCUACAUUGUGGCAGAAACAUGCCUACAUGUCAUGUAAGCCAUUGAGUUCCUGGAUUAAUGAUCUCAUCCAGCGAGUGAAUUUCUUCAAUACUUGGGCCAAACUGGCUUACACAGCAAUACAUCGUCGGUAUAUACGAUUGAUCACAACUUGGAAGCGGCCUGUUCCACCAUCUAGCCAAAGAUCCACACAUGCUGAUAAUUCAGAGGAUAAUCGCUUUGAAGGAUUUCCUGCAAGAUACUGGCUCCCAGCUUUCUUCUUUCCACAAGCUUUUCUUACUGCUGUGCUUCAAGACUAUGGACGGUCCCAAGGAAUCUCGAUGGAUGCCCUCACUUUUACGCACCAUGUGAUUUCUGAUACCCCUGGCAUCAAAGAAGAGGAGUUCUCCAUAAUUAUCCAAAAGAAACUCAACAUAGUCAGGAGAGCCUUUAAGGGCUCAGACCCCUCUCACCCUGGAGUUCACAUUUUUGGUUUAUUCAUUGAGGGAGCAAGAUGGAAUCACGAACAAAAAAUACUAGAAGACUCGCUACCUCUUGAGAUGUGUUGUGAUUUUCCUGAUAUAUACUUUUUGCCAACAAAGAUUUCUACUGAAACAGCAAAUGUUUCUAACAAGACAGAUUCAGAACUCUAUACUUUUGAAUGCCCAGUGUACCAGACAUCUGAGAGGUCGAGAAUUUUGGCAACUACUGGUGUACCAACAAACUUAACAUCAGUGUAUUUAUCAACAAAGAAACCUCCUAGCCACUGGAUCACAAUGCAGGUUGCCUUGCUGUGUGAAAAGAAUGAAAAAUAAAUUUCCAUACCAAACCAUUUUAA